AAGAGGACGCGCGCGCCGCGACGCGCAAGGAUUUUCCCCCGAGCGGCGUCGUCGUCGUAUUCGAGUAACAGAGCCCGCGCCGAGACACAGAUGAAGCUGCAGCUGCGCUGCGUGGCGGUGGCAGUCAGCGUGCUGGCCACGCUCGCCUCGCCCGCCAUCAACGAGGUGCGGCAGCCGUCCAGCCGCCCGGGUCGCUUCCUGUCGCUGCCCGUGCCCAACAAGUGCGCGCAGAGGCCGAAGGAGUUCUUCUACCGCGGCCACAACUACUUCUUCAGCGGCCACCACCCGCAGUACCGCAACUCCCGCCUCGACUGGCUGGACGCGAGGAACGUGUGUCGCGAGUACUGCAUGGACCUCAUGACCAUGGAGACGCAGGAGGAGAACAACAUCGCCUUCAACCUGCUGCAGCAAGGUGACGUGCCGUACAUCUGGACGAGCGGCCGCCUGUGCGACUUCAAGGGCUGCGAGGGCCGCCGCGACCUGGAGCCCAAGAACCUGUACGGCUGGUUCUGGUCGACGACGCGCCAGAAGAUGUCGCCCACCAACCAGGUGCCCGCCGGCUUCAACUUCAACCCGUGGAGCCAGACGGGCCACAAGAAGCAGCGCCAGCCCGACAACGCCGAGUUCGACAUCAACGGCACCAACGAGUCGUGCUUGGCCGUGCUGAACAACGUGUACGGGGACGGCAUCGCCUGGCACGACGUGGCCUGCUACCACGAGAAGCCGUUCAUCUGCGAGGACAGCGACGAGCUGCUCAACUACGUCAGUUCCACGAACCGCAAUCUCCGCCUCUAGGCUCCGCCCACCGCCUCCCCCUCCCCACCACCCCUUUCCCCACUACCAUCAGCCCACUAUUUAUUGGCGGUCGCUCCGCGUCAACCCGGUCUAUGCAGCACGUAUCAUCACAGAAACAUUUCACAAAUGUAACCUACAUAAUUCGAAACAUUGAAACGUUCCUGCAACAUAUCAGAAACAUUUUUUAGAGCCAUGGAGCUGAUUAUUAUAAUUCAGCUCAUACGACUACCAAGAACUAGCCAUUCAACACUGAGAAGUGACUACGAGAUUCAAAACUUCCUGUGAAAAAAAUGGUGUUAGUUUUGAUCGGCGUAAUUUACAUAAAAGUAAAGUACAGUUUUCCCCUCAAAAAUGAAGUAUUUGGGUUUCAUAUUAUUUUCUAUUUUCAUAUUAUUUUAGUGUUUUACUGGUUAAUAUAAAGAUUUGCUAACUAUAAAAUUAGAACGUUGUCUUUUAAAGCACUGAGAAUGCCACUACGACUUCCAAGGCUUUCAUAACUCGUUGUAGGACGGGCUUAACAUAGAAUAACCUCUAAUCUGAAAGACUUAAGUGGUUGCCAGGAGCUUUAUUGGACGCCUCCGCAUGCUAUACUUGGUGCUUUACCAUCUUAUCCCCACCAAUUUUUACCAAGUACAUGUCCUGAGAAAAUAAUUUCAAUUUUUUUUUCAGCAGUAAUCCUUUUUUUUCCAAAUCCCCAACACAAUUGUCUUUUUUUUUUUCCUGAAUUUUGCUACGAGAAAUGAUGGUGUAAACAAAUGUAGUGAAAAAUUGUUUCUUUUUAUAAGCUAGUAUGACUAUGACUGAAUAAAGGCUGAGUGAUAAAUAUUUACUGUAGACUUAACAUUGUAAGGAUCGUUUUUAAUCAAUAAAUCUUUACUUGUAAGUUACAAUUAUAUUCAUGUGUAUAAAUGACACAGUGAUGAAGAUUUGAUCUCGUUAUCCAACCCAUCAAGAUUUGAAACUUCCUACAUGUUUUCAAAUGAAACUCUGUUUUAUUAUUAGUGGGAAAAAAUCUUUUCAACCAUACCAACAAUUUGUAAUCAUAUUUUGUGUCAAAUGCCAGUAUUUUAUUAUGUGAUGUAAACAAUAAAGUGUGAUUUCCAUACUUAAAUAUGAGAAUUGUAUUUAUUGAAUGGUUAUACAGUCUGGAAACUUGUCUUGAACAACACAAAAAAAAAUCCCGUUCAGCACAGCCUACCGUCGCAGGUAUAUUUCGAAAUACUUAUUUAUUUUGGAAUGUUCUAAAGACUUCCAAAGCAUUUUAGAAACUUAUGAAACAUCAUAAAAAACAUUCUACAUGUCAAACAUUUUUGUACAACACAAGCAGCUUAAAUGUUUAACAUGUUUGCUAUGUAUCCAGCAACUUCUUACAAUUUCUAGAUUAUUCUCAAUAAGAUUGUCAUAGCCAUGAGUUUGAAACUGUCCCGGCGCAUGUAUACGUAAGAAGCAUUUUGUCCCCUAAGCUAAG